GUACGAGAGGGCGGAUCUGAUUCUUUACAACGAUACCCACGACAGAUAACUGAUUUGUACAUCGCCAACGGGAGUAUGGACUUUAAUUUGUGUGACGCUGCGUUCGACGGGAAGCCAAAGGGGAGCUCAGAGUCACUGCUGAAGAGGGACUUUGUGGGCGAUCUGGAGGCCGAGGGUUUUGACGACAAAGUAGGCGAGACUGUUGGCAAGUCUGACUACCGUCCCCUUCUGGGGGGCAUGGAUGGGAAAAAGGAAGAGCCCAGCUUCAUGUCUGGGAUGCACAUGGGGGGGCUGAGGCCGGACCCCCAGGGAGAGAAGGGGCCCUGCCCCACUGGACCACCCAACUACAGCGCAGACUUUCUGUCAGGCCCAGUGUCAAUGAUGGGAAUGCCUGACCAGUGGUCAAGCCAGCAGAUCGGCUCCAAGACAAAGGACAACAGCAUGGAUUCGUUUAUGGGCUCCCCACAGACAGGAGUAGGCAUGAGCAUAAAUACAGGGUUCGGCAUGCCGCCUGUCCAGGCUGCCAAGCCCGCUGGCAUGGCCGAGCCGCCAAAGACCUCCCCUUUGUUUGGCUCAGAGCCGCCAAAGUCAACACAGAUGCCUGGCAAGCCCAAUGACUCCAACCCAUUCAAUGUCCAGGACAAUUCUGUAGUAUGGGGGAACCCCUGGGCAGGCGGUGAGGACAAGUUUGGCACGGCCCUGCCCCAUGCCCCCUCCACCGUUACCACGGGAACCGGUCACCAUGCCGACCAGAUGGAACACAGCCCCUCAGAACCCUCCACUCCCCAGGGUUCUCUGUCACAGGACCCUGCCUCUGGCGAGGACAAGAGCGAAGGAGGAGGAGGCGGAGGAGGAGGAGGAGGAGGAGGAGGCGGCGGUGGCAAGCAGCAGAAAAGGAAGAAGAAGAAGCGAAGGCACAGGGAGGAGGUGUACGACCUCCUGGAGAGCCUGGGCUCACCGGAGUCGGAGGAGGCCCCGGCCGAUGGCAACUCCUCACCCACCAGCGUGGACGAGGAGAGCUGGGAGAGCGAUAUACGCGGGAGGGGAGGUGACGGGGGAGGAAGGAUCAGAGCCAAGAAGAACAAAAGCAGGAAGAAGCUGCCGGAAGAGUGGGCCGCGCCCCAGGAGGGGGCAGGCGUGGGCAAGGCGUCUCCGCCUCCGUCCGACGCGAGCGCCCUGACCGGCACGGGCGUCCCCACAGCAAGCCUGGACAGCACCGCCAAGCCAGGUGCCCCCAGCCCCACGUCAGGUAGCCACGCCGGUGACUCGGCUGGCAAGAAGGACAAGGACCAGGCCUCCUUUGGUCUCCCUGGGACAGGUGCUUUCUCAGGUAACGAAGACAAGCAAACUGCACCCAUGCCCUCCCUCCCCGGUAGCAGCAGUGCUAGUAAAGAGGCUCCCUUAGAGGAUUUAGCCCCCGCAGUCCCCUCGUCUAGAGAGUCCCCAGCCCAUGCUCCCCUGGGGCCUCAGCCUUGUUCUCUGCCACCCUCGAAGCCUCCUCCCUGCUCCCCGCUGCUGGACCGGGACACCAGUCCAACCCGCAGCCCCACGUCCCACUCCUCCGUCAUGUUUCUGGACUCUGUCCUGCAGACCUUCUCCGACAGCAGCACCCCGUCCCAGCACACCCCGGUGACCACCUGUCCCUCCUCCUCACAGGCGACUCUUGAGGUCUUUAACUGUGCCGCGCUCACGGCCUCCUCCCCACUGUCUAGCGCCCCUCUCGCCCAUACCGGUAACCUCCCGGCCCCAGCCACCACCACCACCGCCAUCUCCAUCACCCCUCAACCCCUGUCAGACCCGAGCUCUCCCCAAGCGUCCCCCCCAGAGACAGGGCUGUUAGGCGCCGCUGUCUUCCUCCCAGAGUUCACUCACCCCUCCUUGCCUGCAGCCCCUGUUCCCGGCCCCGGCCCCGGCCCCGGCCUCGGCCUCGGCCCUGCCGUGAGCUCGAGCCUAAACCCAGCGGCCCCACCCUUCAUCCCAUCUUUCCCAGAGCGCCAGGACCCCUUGCCGGCAGAGCCCCCCCUACUGGAAGUGAAGGAAGACAAAGUGCUGAAACAAGAGAAAACGGAUCCCUUCAAGAAGAGCCCUGACACUUUCAACACAAUCGAGAAGAUGGACAAACCUGAAAAGAUGGAGAAGUUCGAUAACUUUGACAAAAAGGAAAAAGAUGCUGUGACUAAAAAGGAGGACAGUAUGUUCAAACAGGAGAAAGCAGACCAGUUAGGCAAGGACAGCUUCAACAUGCUCGAGAAGAUGGACAAGCCUGAGAAGGUGGAGAAGUUCGAUCACUUUGAGAAGAAGGAGCCAGAGGUGGCGCCUAAAAAGGUCGAAAACGCGGACAAAACUCAGAAGAACGAAAGCGUCAUCAAAGACGGGAAGCCGGAGGACAACAAGGCUGAGAAACAGGACAAGGCCGAGAAGCAACAAGACAACAAGGGGGAGAAACAAGACAAAAAGGUGGAGAAGCCAGACCAAAAGACUGAGAAGCAGGAGAAGAAGCCUGACAAACCAGAGCAGAAGACCGACAAACAGGACAACAAGGCAGGAAAGCCCAAGUCCCCAACCACUCCAACCAAUGGUAGCAAGGAUGUGACCAGUCCAGACAAGGCUAAGCAGGCGGCUGUAGGGCCACCUAAAUCAAGCGCACCCAAAACAAGACCAAACGGGCUGUCUACAGCAGACAGUGCUGAUAGCAAGGCCAAGCCUGCCGAUAAAAAAAGCCCAACACCCAAGGCCACCAGCCGAUCUAUGGGUGUGAAGCAAACAGCAUCGAGUGAGGCUAGACUGAAGGCGACAGAGAAUGGUACCGCACAGCGGCCAAAGGCCAAUGGUGGCCCCUCAUCUCGUCCCAAAAAUGGAACCCCUGCUAGUGCCCCCUCUACACGCCGCUCCUCAGCCACGAUGACUAACAGCAAACCAGGAGAGGCCAAGAAGCCCAGCACACCCAAGACGGCAGCAGCCCGGCCCAAGACAAGCCCAACCACCACCACUGACCCCAACUCAUCAGAGCCCAGCUCUCGUCGGACUCGCAUCACCAAGCCUCCUGUGCCCAAGCAGACGGUACCGGAGAAAAAGCCUCCAGUGCCGCGAGCACCCAGGAAGCCCAUUUCUGCACCUAUGCCUGACCUGAAGAAUGUCCGCUCCAAGAUUGGCUCAACGGACAACAUGAAGUACCAGCCAGGUGGCGGGAAGGUGUCGGCAGCCCAGGGCAGGAGUGAUGCUCUGGCAAAGGCCUCCCUCUCCAAAGAGAACAGCCAGAGCAAAGUUCAGAUAGUUCACAAAAAACUGGACUUCAGCCACGUCACCUCCCGCUGUGGCUCCAAGGACAAUAUCAAGCAUGUCCCUGGUGGAGGGAACCAGGUUAAGAUUCUCAACAAUAAGGUGGAUUUAAGCAAAGUGACCUCCAAGUGUGGCUCGAAGGACAACAUUAAGCACAAGCCAGGAGGUGGCGAUGUGAAGAUCGAAUCCCACAAGGUGAAUGUCAAGGCCAAGUCUAAAAUAGGAUCUAUGGACAAUGUCGGCCUUGAACCCGGAAAUGGCAAUGGCAAUGGCAAGGCUGAUGUGGCCAAGGAGAAGUCUGGAGAUAGCCCACCCGUCUCUGGUACUAGUCCUUCGCCUGUGCCAGCCAGCAUGGCUAAGGAGAACGGGGUGAAGGAUAGCGGCCCCAUGGCCAUGCCUGUGCCGUCUGUGGGGGAGGGGCUGGGGCUGCGGGACGCUCCGCAGGGCAUGGACAAGCACAUCACCGGGACAAAUUGAGUCUUAGCAGCGGAGCUAUGGCGGGAGCGCACUAGCUCACGUGGACCACAGCGCUAUCAUCUCCUGGCCCUCCCCUUCCCGAGUGGCAGCCUCCCCCGCCCCCCCCACACACCUACCCACUUAUGGAGCACCUCUCUCAGUGUCUCUCUGGGGUCCACCACCAACACAACACUCCUCCGAGUUCAACUGGCCCAGUGCAAACGAGGGGACCUAUCCACACACACACACACCUUCUCCCAUGUCACCUCAUCCUUAUGAUUAUUAUUGUUUUAUAAUGCGUAUGUUUAACAAGCAACAGAGCUGAUGUGAAUGAAGCAUUUCCAUCAGUAUACAGCACAUAUAAAGCCAGUACGUGCUCUCUCUCUCUCUCUCUCUC